CUGCGCGUUGCCGCCAUGUUGGCUUGGCAAAACAGAAGACGGACAGAUCAGGAGAAGCCACUGUGAAUUCAAGAUCCCUCCCUUGUCCCUCUCUCCCUUGACACCACAUCCAGUCAAGGAAGGCAGUUGUUUUUGUUUCGACCUGUCCCCCGGAUAGCUGAACUAAUCAUUGUGAUAGAUUUAAAAAAAAAAGGUUUUUUUUUUGGUUUUUGAUUGCCAGCUACUUGUACACCCCAGCUGGACUGCCUGUCAUCAUGUCGAAGCCGGGCGAUCGAAGCAGUGUAGCACAAACGUACAAAAUCGUUGUCGUGGGAGGAGGAGGUGUUGGAAAAUCUGCCAUCACCAUUCAGUUUAUUCAGAGUUACUUCGUGACAGACUAUGAUCCCACCAUUGAAGACUCCUACACCAAACAGUGUGUCAUUGAUGAUGUUGUUGCCAAAUUAGACAUAUUGGACACUGCUGGUCAGGAAGAAUUCAGCGCCAUGAGGGAACAAUAUAUGCGUUCCGGCGAGGGCUUCCUUCUUGUCUAUUCUGUAGCCGAUCGUUCUUCCUUUGACGAAUUGCCCCGUCUCCACAGACAGAUUCUCAGAGUUAAAGAUCGUGAUGAAUUCCCAAUGUUAAUGGUGGCCAACAAAGCGGAUCUCCAGCAUCAAAGAAUGGUCUCAGCCGAUGAGGGCCACUCUCUCGCCCGUCAGCUCAAAGUACCCUAUUUAGAAUGCUCGGCCAAAUUGAGAAUGAAUGUGGACCUGGCCUUCCAUGAGCUGGUCCGACUCAUUCGCCGCUUCCAGGCCCUUGAGCGGCCACUCACGUCCAGCAAGGACCAACGUCAAGCACGCAAACGACGCAAGAUGUGUAUGCUUCUGUAACAGAAAACAACAAAACGAAAACGCUAAAAGAAAUUCACAAUCAACUCCCUCCCCCUUACCUCUACUCCCCCCAUACAUCUCUUCGUUCAAAUCGUGCAGCCUGAAGAAGAAAAAAAAGAGAAAAGUUUGUCGCUUAUUUUCCCUCUUCAUCAUCUCUUGAAGACUGUCGCGCGCGCAAAGAAAAAACGGAAAAUGUCCUCAAGUGAUUGCCAAAUCCGCACAGAUAACGUUUUUCUUCACAUACAUAUUCUUCGAUGUUGAUUCUUUUUGCCCACCGCCUCCUUUUCAAUGUUUCAACAAAAAAAAAAAGGAAAAUAAUUUUGCAGCUGUUCUAUAACUAAAAGAAGCUUCAGAGAAUUUUGAGAGCUGACGACGAGGCAAUCAAAAAAGUUUGCGUUAAAAAAACAAACAAAAGAACUAGGUAGCUGUGUGAUUUAGUCUCAUUUAACUCAACUAUUUUCGAACUUGUGGUUUGCUAUUUUUUUUUUGUCUCCUUAUCGUUUUAAAUUGGAAGAUAUAACAACGAUGUUACCUUUUUUUCUCUCCUGUCUCUUCACUAUAGUGUAUAGAGCAGUUCCGUUCCUUCUCUGCUGACUGAUUCGAAUUCGACAAAGAAAUGCUGUUAAUUGAAUUAACAAGUGACAUACCCAAAAAAACAAACAAAAUACAAUGGCAGCCUUGUUAGCCCUUCUCACACUA